GUCUCCGAUUGGCCGGCCCGUCUGUCCAUCCCCCGCCCCCCCACGCCGCUCCCAGCCUAGCGACGGAGGAGGAGGUGGAAGGUUACCGGGACAGCAAACCCCGUUGCCUUGGCGACCCCCCGUUGCUAACCCCCGCAGCAUCGGGUACCACUGAAGAGGGGGGGCUCGGAGCAGCGCCAGAGGCCGGGGCACCCCAGGGGCUGAGGCAGCCAGUGCCGGGGGUCACAGGAUUCACCCCGGCAGGCAGGGACCCCGGUUUGGGCCCUGAGAGCGAGGCCACCGGCUGCGCCAUGGGUGGGGCUGGGCCCCAUCUCCAGCACUGGGGGGCGGAGCAAAGUGAAGCCUGCGGAAUCAGCUGCAGCGCCCACCAGAGCCCCCACAGGGCCCCUGAACCCCUAAUCCCAGCAGCAGAGACAGCACCAGUGGCUGGAGUGAACGUGGUGGUGGUGGUGGACGGGAGCUGUAUCCUCCAAUACACCCAUCGUGACUCCCCCUGCCAUUGCCUCCACCACGGGGACGCCCUGCCAGCCCAUCAGCCUCCCCCCUGCUAUGGGGCCGCUGCCCCCUGCAGCCCCCCCGCCGCCAGGCCCACCCUCUCCCGCCGGGCCCGGGGCCUGGGGGUCCGGUGCUGCACUGAGUUUUGCCUGGGGGAGGAAGAGGAGCGGGCGGAGCGGAGACCCCGCCACCAGGGGGCACCCCCCCGCCGCACCCCACCGCCCGGCCGGCUGACGCCGGUGCCCCUGCCCCGCAGCGCCACGGGGCCCUGGUUUACAGUGGAGGCGCCAAAGGACGGUGGACCCGGGGCCCAGGUGGCCAGGAUCUGGGACCGGGGGCGCUGCCCCCUGCUGGAGGAGGGCGACCUCGUGGCCAAAGUGAACGGGGCCGACGUGAGGGGCCUCGGGCCCCGGGAGGUGGAGAACGUCCUGCAGCAGCACACACGGGCUGGGGACGUCAUCCUGCUGGUGGAGCGGAGAGGUCCUGGACUCCGCCAGGCCCCCCUGAAGUCCCUGUUCUCCAUUCCCUCUCCCUGCUGGGAUCCCCCCCGGUCGGGGGGGCCCCGGGGCUCUUGGGGGGGUCCCAGCAGGGAUACCCUGGCCAUCACCAGCUUUGUGGGGCCCGAACCCAGGGACAUACUGCUGUGCCCGGCCCGCUGCCGCGGGGGGGAGACCCGGAGGCCACGACGCCCCCAGCCCACGGGGAGGCAUGGGGAGCUGGGGGGCAGCGUGGCCCCGGACAGUGCUGGGAGAGCAGCAGACAGGCUGGUGCCCGGACCCAGCGGAGACCCCCCCAGCGGGAAGCAUUCAGAGGACGGGGGGCUCCUGGCCCGGUUCUCCCACCGUGAACUCAGGGGCCUCUUUCGCCAGGCGGAGGCCAAGAUCCGGCUGCGAAUUCUGCCCACCCCCAGGGACACAGCUGCCUCCAGUGACCUGGACGCGGCCGACAUCCAGGUGGAGGAAGGAGCUGGGAGGCCGGGGUGCCGGCUGCCCCAGCCACAGUGUCUGUCGGUCCCCUGGGACCCCCCCAGCUACUCGGUGGAGCUGGUGCGUGGCCCCCUCGGUUUCGGGUUCAGCCUGCGUGGGGGCAGCGAAUACAACAUGGACAUCUAUGUGCUGGGGCUGCUGGAGGGGGGGCCAGCCCAGCAGAGCGGCAAGAUACAGGUCAGCGACCAGCUGGUGGAGAUCAAUGGGGAGCCCACGCUGGGCAUGACGCAUGCCCGGGCAGUGGAGCAGAUCCGCCGGGGGGGCAGCCGCAUCCGCCUGGUGCUCAGGAAAGGCGACGGCUUCGUGCCUGACUACGACCGUGAGCACAUCCCCAGCCCUGCCGGGCGGGACCGGAUGCCAGAGGGUGGACCGGCACCACACGGCUGGAGAGCAGACACGGCCAAGAGGUCUCUGCGCUGGGGACAGGACGCCAGGGGCUGCCUGGAGGCUUCUCCCAGCAGUGGCGAGCGAGGAUCCCACCACUGCCACCAACGUGGGUCCUGGGACCAUCGGGGUGCAGAGCAGGGCUGGCUGGCAUCAGGGAAGGAGGCGGAGGCCAGGAAGGGAGACAGCGGGUCCCUCUCCCCCCAGAGGGAGCGGGUCUGGACGGGCCUCUCGGAACCAGCCCCUGGGCCCUGGCUGGUGCCCAGCAAGGAGCGCCUCUCACGGGCCCUGAGGGGCGUCUGCAUGGGGGAGGGGGAGGACGACGAAGGGGGCAGCCUGGGGCGGGGCAAAGAUGGGGAGGGGAGGAGGAGGACCUAGUUCAGCCCUGCCCAGCCCCGGAUGUUGUCAGUGCCUGGGACAGUCCACCCACCUCUCAUCUGGAUGCGCAAUGGUACCUUCCGUUCCCCUCUCAUCUCUUCUACCCAGCUACGUAGCGGUACCCUCCACUCUUGUUCCCCUCUCCACUUUGACUAAUGGUACUGUCUAAUCUACUCACAGUGCCAUUCCCCUCCCAUCAGCUAUUGGUAUCAUCCUCUUCUGUCCCCCGUGCUGUGAAAUGGUACCUUCCAUUCGUCUGUGUGUGGCUCCCCCCCCAGCCAUGCAAUGUCCCCUCCCCCAUUCAUCGUCAUACCUCUACUCUUCUGUGCUAUGGUACUGUCCACUGGUGCCCUCUGUACUUGGCAAUGGUAUUGUCCAUUGGUAAUUUUGCACCCCCUAUGUCAGGAUUGCAAUGGUACUGUCCACUCUAUUUUACCAACACACUCUACAGAGUCACACAUGGACUGACCCAUUCCAUGGAGGGGGAGGAAACUGAGACAAUCCAUUUCAUCAUGGGGGGGACUCUCCCUGCAUAGGGCAAUGUCAGAUGGACUGAUCCAUAGGGGAUGGAGCCAGCACACGUGGCUUGAUCCACUCCAUGGAUGGGGGUAUGGGUGGAAUGGGCAGAUCCAUUCCACCAAAAGGAGGGUGAGUGCUCCACCGCAGCUCAAGACAGAUUGAUCCAUUCCCUUGAGGUGGGGGAAGGAUAUCACCAAGAGCUAAACCAUUUCAUGGAGCAGGGCGGAAUGGACCGAUCUGUUACAGACUCGUAUGUGGACUCAACCAUUCUGUGCUGGGGGGGGGGAAGG